AUGGUUCACUUCGCAAUUAUUGAUGAAAAACUUUUGGUGUCAGUCCCUAUUCGCAAUUAUUGUCCUCGGUUUGGGCUCAAGAAUAUCAUCACACUUGGUUCUAAUAUCUACAUGAUUGGGGAAUUCUCCUCUACGGUCUUCUUCAUGGACUGUCGAUCUCACACUUGGCACGAAGGUCCAGGCAUGCAGGUGGCCGCAAAGUACAACGAGGUGAGUGUUCUUGAUGGGAAAAUAUAUGUAGUGGAAAGAUGCAAAGUUUCCGUCUCCUCGAAUUUGAUCCAGGUUUUCGAUCCCAAAACCCAAAUAUGGGAGUGUGUGGCAAGCCCUAGCACGGGGAUUCGCGGGCGUUUUGGAUUAAACAGCUUAGCUAUAGAUGGAAAGCUUUACCUGUUUGGGGAUAAAAAUUUGGUUUACAAGCCUAAAGAAAAAACGUGGGAUGUGGUAGGAUUUGAGAUAAAUUUCCAUUGGAUUCCCCAUGAUUCUUUUUGCGUGAUAGAUAAGGUAAUCAUCUACUAUUACAAUAGACAUUCCAGGUUGCUCGAAUGGUAUGACCCUGAAGGAAGCUCGUGGGGAAUUUUGAAUGGUUUGGAAGAACUACUACCGAAAUUACCUCGAGUGUUAGUUAGUCGUCAUGUUAGAUUGGUGGAUUAUGGUGGAAAGGUCGCGAUUUUUUGGGAGAAGGAAGUGCGUCCUCUUAUCGGCUAUAACAAGAUUACCAUUUGGUGUGCUGAGAUUGCGCUUGAAAGACGCAAUGCACAAGAGAUUUAUGGGAAAAUUGAGUGGUGUAAUGUUGUGCUUACAUUGCCCAGUUCAUGUUCUAUUGAUGAGUUAAAUGCUGUCAGUAUCAUUGUCUGA